AUAUACCUCCACGCAACCUGGAGGACAGGCUCUUCUUUUCUAGGGGAAUUAUUUAAUCAGCAUCCCGAUGUGUUUUAUUUAUACGAGCCCAUGUGGAAUAUGUGGCAGGCGCUUUAUCCCGGAGAUGCGGGCAGUUUACAAGGAGCAGUGAGAGACAUGAUGAACUCCCUGUUUAGAUGUGAUUUCUCAGUUUUAAAACUCUACGCAGGCUCGUCCAACGUAACCACCUCUUUUAUAUUCGGCUGGAAAACAAACAAGGUCAUUUGCUCCGAGCCUCUCUGCAAAGCGUAUAAGAAACACGAAAUCGGUUUAGUUCAAGGAGACGUGUGUAGCAAAUGCCGGUCCAGAGACCUCAAAGAGCUGGAGAAAGAGUGCAAAAAGUACCCGGUGAUGGUCAUCAAAGACGUGCGGGUUUUAGAUUUGGCGGUUCUGCUUCCCCUUAUGCGAGAUCCCGCCAUCAACCUCCAGAUAGUCCAGUUGUUUCGCGACCCCCGGGCCGUGCACAAUUCUCGGAUGAAGUCUAAGCUAGCGUUGGUAAAGGAGAGCAUACAGGUGCUGAGGAGCAAGAAGCAGAGUGACAAAUACAAGCGCCUUCUGGUGCCUAGCAACAGGGUCCACCGAGCCGAGAACUACGUCUCGAGCGCGAUGGAGUUAAUAUGCGAUAACUGGCUCAACGACAUGUUGCUCGUAAUGAACGCUCCGCCGUGGGUGAAGAGAAACUAUAUGCGGCUGAAAUACGAAAACCUGGUCCUCAGACCCGUGGACGAGCUCCAGAGGCUCUACCGUUUCUCCAACCUCACCCUUUCUCCGGCCAUGGAGAAGUUUGCGGUGAACAUGACCCACGGACGGGGCUAUUCGUCGGAUAAACCUUUCCUCAUAUCACCCAGAGAUGCCAAAGAGGCUAUUUACGCCUGGAGGGAAAGGCUGAAUGUGGAGCAGGUGAACCAGGUUGAAGCCUACUGCAGUGAGGUCAUGAGACAGCUGGGCUAUCAGAAGAUGAACAUGGACAAGACCUAAAACCACCAAAACAUGAGUUUAUGAAGCCUGAUGUGCUGGAGGAAUAGGAGGACAGAGGGGGAACAGCCGGAUAUGAAGCUACGCCAGAAGGUACGACACACCAAUGGAGCUGAGGAGCAACACCCCGAGAUCUCCCUCACAGUGCCGUCAUGGGGUGCAGAGUAGACGACAGAAGAGAGACACUUACAAACCCAUCGACCUCAAAUAAUACUGACAAGAAUCCUGUAAGAAAACGACUAACAAUAACAGAGAGGAAACACGUUCAGCAAGAGAGAAUGAAAUGGCUACCAAAGGCUCAGUCCCGGCUGUGUCCUGACAGCCAGAUUUCAUCCUCAAUAAUCCCUGCCCAAUCCCCAGCAGCACAUAAUCAGACACACAAGACAGAGUCUUCACGUGCACUCGUGCUGUUGCACAUGCACUAGGCCUGGAGACUGACAUCCCAUUCAGUGUUCAGUUCGUUGGGAGGAUUUCAUAAUGAAAAUAUUCCUAGGCAUUCCUGUAUUCAUCAACAAUGAAUGAAAAGAGGAUCAUGCAUCAAGGACACUCCAGUUUCUGUGGUACCAACCCCCCCCCCCAAAAAUGAAUGCAGAACUUAUCUGAGGCACAAAGUGCAAUUCAAUGAACUGAAGAUCAAGAGUAUGGAGAUGGAGAAAGAAUUUUCCCCAAAGGAAAUUCAGAUUUCUCUCCCCUAACUCGCAACACUCCCACUGGUGUGAAAUCUCACAGUUCCCCCUGGACAUCACCUGCUUGUUCUUUUUGUAUGAAGUCUGCACUGGGCUGUUAGGCUGUGCAGAAUGUAGUGUUCAUUUGUGUAUGAAGAGGAUAGGAUUGCAAUUUGAAUAGUUAAAUGACCGGAACAUCUCAUCUAAAACCAAAACACACAAUCAUUCUUUAUGGAUACAGGUGUUUUGUGCUCUAGGAGAAAUGCUAGAUGAUUAUCAUUUUGUUAAAGGGGACAUCAGAUGCCCAUUUUUCACAAGUUGGUAUGAUACUAUAUGGUAUAUAGAUACUUUGUCAAAAAACAGCUACACCUAACCGUUUCGGUGCAUGUCUCUUUAAAGGGUUAGUUCACCCAAAAUUAAAAUUCUGUCAUUAAUUACU